AUGCCACAUGGAGGGAUUGUCAUAAGGUGGGAAGUAUCUUCUGUGGUGUGGUGUAUCAACCACACUCCCUCCUUAAUGUGUGGGCGGUUACAGUGGCUGCUCUGGGCCUGUCGGAAUAGUGAGAGUUACCAAGCACCAGGAAGCUCUGAAAAUGACACUGAAUAUGGACAUAAAGGAAACAAAUCUGAGUUUCCUUUAUCCUUCGAGCCCAUGGGAUCAGAGAGGAUGGAGAUGCGAAAGAGGCAGAUGUCGGGGCAGCAGGAGCUGGUGGCGGGAGGCACAACGACGGGAACGGCGCCAGCCCAGCACGAGCAGGCUGGUCAGGGCGAGCGUGCCUCGAACGCCUGCUGUUUCUGCUGGUGCUGCUGCUGUAGCUGCUCAUGUCUCGCUGUUAGGAAUGAAGACAGGGAGGAGAGGAACCGGAAAGCAUCGCACGACGUCAAAACCGAGGACUCCGCUGACUGCGAGGAGAGUCCAAAACCAACGAUGGACGAAGUGUGCUCAUGGGGGCAAUCCUUCGACAAGCUAAUGCGCUGCCCAGCUGGACGCUGCGCCUUCCGACAGUUUCUACGCACCGAGUUCAGUGAGGAGAACAUGCUCUUCUGGCUAGCCUGUGAAGAGUUCAACAAGGAGACCAAUAAGAGCGUCAUUAAGGAGAAGGCACGCCUCAUAUAUGAGGACUACAUUUCCAUCCUCUCACCCAAAGAGGUGAGCCUGGAUUCACGUGUUCGGGAGGUAAUAAACAAGAACAUGCUGGAGCCCACAUCUCACACCUUCGAUGAUGCCCAGCUCCAGAUUUACACAUUAAUGCAAAGAGACUCGUACCCACGCUUCAUGAACUCCCCCGUCUACAAAAACCUCCUCAAGAGCGUCUCGGAGCAAUGUCCAGAAUCCUAAAUCUCUGUGAUCCCACUCGAAUUCCCCAUUCUCCUCCUUCUCCUCCUUCUCCUCCUUCUUCUUCUUUUAUGGGUUCUUUCUGUUCAUUAUGUGGAGUUUGUUUUAAAAGGACCGUCCUGUGGGUCCUGCCAGGGAUUUUAGCACAUUUAGAGAUCUGUACCUGAACAAGACACUCAGGUCUCCAGGUCACUGGAUUUUAAAACAAUGUCUCAAAACUCCUGAGGGCUCAAUACCACAAGUACUGCUACAAAUCAACAUGGCAAGAAGCUCCAAAGGAUUGUCAGCGCAUUUUCAUAUUUCGAAGAAACUAAAUGAUUUGAAUUGUUUUAACGAUAUUUUUUUUGUAUUUAUUUUAAAAGAUGAUGUGAUGCCUGGUAUGGGCGAUUUACAGUAUAGACAUCAGAUAUAUUUAUGAAUAUGUAGUAUUUUACUCUUGUCUUAGAAUAUUUCAACAAAAACAAAUCAAAUGGGUAACGCGACAUUUCAAGUUCUAGAUAAUGUGUUGGAGAAUCAAAGAUCACGUCGAGGCAACACAUCAGCUUUAUUUAGAGGAAACCGUGAGGAAACGUCACUAUGUGUGUUCCCUGUCAUUAUGGCUUAGCAUGUCUAACUGGAGAAGAUAUUUAUUAUAUAUUUAUGGUAGUUUAUGGUUUUUGUUUAUAUGAUUUCAAUCACUAUUAAAGGCAGAUUAGUGAAAUCCGAAAUUUUUGAUAAAAAAUAUGA